CAUAGUACAAACUGAGUGGAGCACAGCGGCCCCUGGAGAACUGGACACAGUAGAGCAGAAGAUGACCAUGAGCGCUCGUUCGUUGAGCCGCACGCUGGUCAGCAUGCUCGCGUUCACUAUGCAACUGCAGCAGCUGGCGGACGCGUGCUCGUGCGCACCGUACCACCCACAGGACGCGUUCUGCAACUCGGACAUCGUGAUACGUGCCAAGGUGGUGGGGAAGAAGUUGUUGAAGGACAGUUCCUACAGCACCAUGCGCUACACUGUCAAACAGAUGAAGAUGUACAAAGGCUUUGAUAAGGUCCAGUAUGUUCAGCACAUCUACACCCAUGCUUCUGAGAGUUUAUGUGGAGUUAAGUUUGAAAUGAAUAAACACCAGUACCUGAUCACAGGACGUGUGUAUGAUGGCAAGAUCUACACAGGGCUCUGCAACUUCAACGAGAAAUGGGAUCAGCUGAGCCAGUCCCAGAAGAAAGGUUUCAGUCACAGAUACCAACAGGGCUGUAACUGCAGGAUUAAAACCUGCCACUCGCUGCCCUGCUUUGUCACCUCAAAGAGCGAGUGCUUGUGGACGGACAUGAUCUCCCACUUUGAGGCCCCUGGGUUCCAGUCCCGCCACUAUGCCUGUGUCCGCAAAAAAGAAGGCUACUGCAGCUGGUACAGAGGAGUGUCAUCCUACAACAAAACCAUGAGCAAUGCCACUGACCCCUGAGCAUCCAGUUAGCUGUAGAGCCCUGAAUGACCAGGCUCUCCCAGACAGUGGCAGCAAUCAGACAUAAGCAAUGUUCUCCAUCAGACCGCUUCCAUAUGGAGGUCAGGGCAGCUUCAGCAUGUCUGCACCCAGAGGCUGUGCUGAGCUCCAUCACCAAUGUUCUAGUAAUAACUGAAGUUCUAGCAUCUCUGCAUAUAUCGUCCUCCAAUAUGUACAACCACCGGCUAAUAUGACAGCUUUGUUGCAAGAACACAUCUUGCUUGCGUUGUCUUUGUCAAAAGCUCUGCUAUUUACAAAAAUUUCACCCAUAAAGAAAGCGCUUGACUGUAAUUGUAAGUCUUUAAGGAUGUGCUAUGUAUGAUACAUGCCCACAGUUCAUGCCAUAAUAUCUACUGAACAUUAUCCGAAGCUCUACACAGACACCUUUGUCUUUUUGUUAUUCUGUUUAUCUCACAAGCUGUGGAAAAAUGUAAAGCUGGUCCAGCUGACUAUUUGGUCAGUUUAGUUAUGUUAUGGAAUGAC